CUUGUGAUGUAUUAUUCAAGGCGACUAAGUCAUACUGUGAACUCAGUUGUUAUGAUUGUUAUUCUGGGAUUACUAUUGCUACAAUCGGCAGAAUGUAGAUUAGGGAAGCAGAUUGAGGAUACUGUUACGUACUCUGCGAUUACGUGCCGGAAACACAAAGCUCUUUUGACUGAUUUCGGGGCCGUUGGUGAUGGGAAAACAUCGAACACAAAGGUCUUCAAUGAUGCAGUUGCUAAAUUGAGCCAGUAUGCAUCCGAUGGCGGAGCACAGCUCAUUGUGCCCCCAGGGAAAUGGCUCACUGGAAGCUUCAACCUCACCAGCCACUUUACCCUUUUCCUUCACAAGGGUGCAGUUAUUCUAGGGUCUCAGGAUGAGUCAGAGUGGCCUGUUGUUGCUCCACUGCCUUCAUAUGGACAAGGAAGAGAUGCCCCGGGUGGAAGGUUUAGCAGUCUCAUCUUUGGAACAAAUCUUACCGAUGUUGUAAUUACCGGUAACAAUGGCACCAUUGAUGGCCAAGGAGCUCCUUGGUGGGAGAAGUUCCACAAGGGUCUUUUGAAUGUCACCCGACCAUACAUGGUUGAGAUUAUGUACUCUAAUCAGAUCCAAAUCUCUAAUCUCACUUUUCAAAAUUCUCCAUCCUGGCACAUCCAUCCCGUUUACAGCAGUAACAUUACUAUACAGGGCGUUACUAUCCUUGCACCAGUAGACGUUCCUAACACAGAUGGCAUUAACCCCGACUCAUGUUCCCAAACUCGAAUUGAAGACUGUUACAUUGUCUCCGGAGAUGACUGCAUUGCAGUGAAGAGUGGCUGGGAUCAGUAUGGGAUCAAGUUUGGAAUGCCAACCGAGCAUCUUGUUAUCAGAAGGCUCACCUGUAUCUCACCUAAAAGUGCUACUGUUGCUCUAGGCAGCGAAAUGUCCGGCGGAAUCAGCAAUAUCAGAGUUGAAUAUGUCACAGCCAUCAACACUGAAUCCAGCAUUAGGGUCAAAACGGCUGUAGGGAGAGGGGGUUAUGUCAAAGACAUUUUUGUACGAGGAUUGACGUUGAACACUAUGAAGUACGUUUUCUGGAUGACAGGCGCCUACGGUUCACAUCCAAGUGAAGGCUUCGAUCCAAAGGCACUUCCCGUUAUUCAGAACAUCAACUAUAGAGACAUUGUUGCUACAAAUGUUUCUAUUCCAGGACAGUUGGAUGGACUUGCUAACGAUCCUUUCAAGGGAAUUUGCAUAUCAAAUGUGAGUAUGACAAUAACUGCAAAGCCAAAGAAAGUGCUGUGGAACUGCACCGAUGUUGAGGGUGUUACAAGCAAUGUGACUCCAAAGCCUUGCGCUUUGUUGCCUGAGGAGCCAAAGCCAAUGGAGUGUGCUUUCCCUGAGGAUAAGUUAGCAAUUGAGAGCGUGAAGUUGUCGACUUGUUCUACGUAA